UAUAUAAAAGGCCACAAAGUGACAACAAUGCCAUCCAAAAUCUUCAAACCACACCAGCAGUCAAGAUGAGAUUUAUUGAGCCUCUGUUUGUUUUCCUUGUUGGGGCAGCAUUUCAUGCUGCACUAUCUGCAUCUCUGGAGUCUGUAGAGAAAGAGGAAAAAGUUCCUAAAGAUGAUGGACUAACAGAACUACAGAAAAUAGAUCAGGUGGAAUUUGAGGCUGCACAAAAGACCAAGGAAGUUCACAUCAACGUUUCAGAGGAACUCAGAGAUGAUGCACGCUACCUUGAAUCUGCUAAAGAUGGAUCUGCAGUGGCGGGGCAUGUGCAGGACAAGGAUACCGGAAUCAUAGCAGAGGGAGCUGGGAAUGCUGAUGGAGCAGCACAUGAAGAGUGCUCUGAAUCUCUGGAAUCUGGAGAAAAAGAGAAAAAGGUCGCUCAGUAUGAUGGACUGACAAGGUUGCAGAAAAUAGAUCAGAUUGAGUUUGAGGCAGCGCAGAAGGCCAAGGAAGCUCAGAUCAAUGUUACAGAGGAACACAACAGUGAAGGCCCUCGCUACCUUGAGACACUUCAAGAUGGAUCUGAGGGGCACGUGGAUGAAAAGGACGACAGCACAGCAGAGGGAGCCGGGAACUCCGAUGGAGCAGCACAUGAAGAAUCAGAUUCCUCUGAGGAAACUGAUGGGAGACAAUAAGACAAGCGCUCCGUGAGACAGUGACGGAGACUGUGAGCAGCUUAGAUGAAAUCAAUUGGAAGUCACCUGAGGAGCAACAUGAAAACUUCAAAAUAUUUCAACUGCAUUUCUUGUUUUGAGACUGUGGUAUCUGAUAGGUCUGCUGAGCCAGACUCACAAGUACCUGCAGGGGAAAGAUGUGGUAAACUGUUUUGAGCAAGGCAGUGAAGUCUAAAUUGCGGGUUAUGCAAUAAACCAGACAGGGAAAAACACACCCGGUUAGAGCCAGUCUCAGCUAGAUUUUAAAUAGUGUCAGAAAACCUCAUGGACUGUCUUUGAAUUAAAGUCUGCAGUUAAAAAAUAAAAAUAAAAAAUGCCACAAGCAUCAUUUAAAAUUUACAACCUGGCAGCAGUAAUAAUUUCCCCACUUUAUUCACACACUGAAAAGUGUUUUUCUCUGAGGUUAUUCCAGUCAACUCAGAGAUGAGUUACACUUCCCUGACCUCAAAAAAUAAGACACGGGAUUGUUUAUUUUAACAUAGUCCUCCUUGUAUGUGAGUAAAUCUAGGACGAAAAUCCAGGACACUCAGACAAGGCUGUCCUCAGGUACUUAAUGUGCUUGAUUUAUCUUCAGGAGCUAAGGUGCACUGUCCUUGCCCUGUAAGAUGCUGAAAGGAUUGCUUCAAAAUUUAUGUUGCUGAAAGUUUGCGGCCUCACUGAUGAAUACAUCCUUUAACUGUGGACAUAAAACUCAAAUUUCAUUAGGGUUAAUUCCUAAUAUAAAAAUGUCAAAGCAGUGGGGAAGUAAAAAGAACCCCCCCCCC